CACGAAGCAACUAGUGGAAUUAUUGGAGUUAAUCGAAAAGGCCAAGUGCUGUCUGUCUGUGUAGAUGAAACCAAAAUUAUCCCUUACAUAACUAAUAAUCUUAAUAUUCCGGAUUUGGCGAUGAGAAUAGCAACGAGGUGUAAUUUGUCAGGUGCCGAUGAUCUUUUCAUGCAAAAGUUCAUGAGCCUAUAUCAGCAGGGUGCGUUCAAUGAAGCGGCCAAGGUGGCUGCAAAUUCCCCGAUGGGUGUUCUCCGUACGCAACAAACAAUCGAACGUUUUAAGGCGGUUCCGGUGAUACAGGGACAACUAUCUCCGAUACUACAGUAUUUUAGCAUCCUCCUGGAGAAAGGUGAACUCAACAAGUACGAAUCUUUGGAACUGGCGCGACCUGUUUUGGCUCAGGGUCGUAAGCAGUUACUAGAAAAAUGGUUAAAGGAGGAUAAGUUGGAGUGUAGCGAAGAACUUGGUGACAUAGUUCGUCAACAUGACCUCACCUUAGCUUUAUCGGUUUAUCUUCGUGCAAAUGUUCCAAACAAGACCAUUGCAUGUUUUGCUGAAACGGGCCAAUAUUCCAAGCUUGUCCUUUAUGCAAAGAAAGUUGGUUUUCAACCGGACUAUCCUACACUUCUACAAAAAAUUAUGCGACUUGAUCCCGAGAAAGGUGGCGAAUUUGCCGCCAUGUUGGUCAACGAUGAGAGCGGUCCUUUAGUCGAUAUUGAACGU